CUGUGGCUUCGAAACAGACCUAUCUAGAGACUAGAGAAGCUGCACAACUCUAGUUGACCCCCCUCAAUCAACAGGAAUUCUGUUCAACGAUAUCCUCAGAACUGCAAGCCAGACCCUCAAGCAACAAACUCGAUUCUGCGUAUCCCUAGGGCAAUCACGAUGUCUUCUGUACACGAUGAGGUCCACGACGACCCCGCGCCCAAUGAAGGCAGCUUCCGCGCUUCGGCACGUCAGACGGAGACCAUCAUGGCCAACUUAGAUCAACUUGAGACUGUGUUGGAGGACCCCUCACGCCAGUAUGACCGAUCGGCCGUUUUCGGACUACUUCACGCUGUCCGAGAAGAAUGCACUGCCUGCAUGCGACCCCUUCCCACCUGCCAGGAAGCGCUGCUCGAGAUACGUGAGAUGUUCAGAAUCAUCUCUAGCAACAAUAAGGUUGAUGCAGCCAAUACCGACAAUGUGCCAGACGAUGUGCGCGAAAGACCUCCUUCUGUCCGCAUCACCGUUCAUCAUGAUGACUGGGAAUACGUCAACAGCAAGAGGUCAAGUGACCUCCAGCAACACUUGCAUAAUCUAGGACCACCCUGGACCGACAUUGUUGCGGUUACCAAGCAUCCGCUCAAGAACAUCAAUGUUCUCGAGUGCUUUGUUGGCAACGAAAAGCAGAAGGAAGAACUGAGUGCAGUCGCGGGCAAGACCAAUGGACUCCAUCCUUUCAAAAAUAUCUUCGAUCUGCGCCACAACCCGAAUCUACAAAAAGACAUUUACGAAGUCGCGGUGCUCAAUGUCCGAUUCGAGCGGAAAAUGUCGCAGGCCGAGCUAGACGACAAACUUUACAGCUGGUGCCAUGAAAACAACACUUCGUUCGAUCGCGUAUCGUACCGACAAAGAUCUCUCCGACUGUAUUUCACAGACAUUGAGAAGGCUCGAGCUCUGGUGAAUCACGGAUACUUUAUAAUCGGGGCUAAGAUGCAUAAAGUGGCAGCCUGGCAUCGGAAUUUUGAUAGAUUCCAGUGUUAUAAUUGCAUGAAAGACGGCCACAGCUUGAAGAAGUGCAUAGAGCAAUACAAGAAGCCAGUGGUAUGUUCCUGGUGUGCUGGGCCUCACCAUUUCAACCAGUGCGCCAGGGAUCCCAGAGAGAAGAAAUGCGCCAAUUGCAGCCAGGCGCAUUGCGCAACCGACGACAGGUGUGCGGAUCCUGAGGUUGUGAAGGACCGUAAAAAGCGAACCGCGAGGCGAGGAAAGGGAGUCUACUGGAUGCGCAACGCCCCGCGCGUAGAACCGGAUGGCUUCGUUCGGGUUGAAAGCAACCUGAAUCGAGGUCUAGCUUUACAGGCUGAUGCCGCGAAGAACCCGCGCAAACCCGCCACGGCACCUCCUACGGCGGCCUCGAACGUUCCCCACAAGACACCAGCGCUGCCAGCAGGGACCAAGUCACUGCACCACUAUUUUCACACUGCUAGAGUGACACCAGUCAACACGGUCCAGCCAGAUUUGCCACUAGCAACCACCAUGGACUUGUCGGCUCCUCCCCGUCCAGAUAUAACGCAACCUGUUAUCAGCACACAAAUCUCCCCUGAGACUUCGCGGAGCCUUAUUGAAACUGCGAAGACAGUCUUAUUCCCACCCAUGCUUGUCAAUCCACCUUCACCAUCUAAGAAGCGCAAGCUUACCAUCGAGCCACCUACAAUGCCCAGCCUUCACAGCGGUCUCACCACUUUCGAAAUCAUCUCGAGCAAUGGCAGACUGGAUACACCAGACAAUAUGGAAGUUGACACCGCACCAAGCCAGAUUGUCAUCGACACGCCAGGUCCUCUAUCACUAGGCCCUCCCAGCUCUCACGUUUCUCGUUCUUCCACACCGGACUUCAUGUUCAACUUUACCGCAAAUGCAGCCAAAUCACAACACAGCGCCCCAAGACAGGUCAUCAUGGAUCGCCGUAUUCGUCCUAUCACCCACAGGCCACAAGGAAUGUCCUUGCCCCAUCUAGCACCCAGCGAGAACCUCAUAUCCGGCUCGCGGUCGGUUGAUCAGCCUGAGUCUGCAAACGACUCCCAAGAAGGCCCACCUAGUGUUAAUCAAGGUGUUGGUUUCUCAUCCUCGAGUACGGAUCUAAGAGAACAUCAGCCUAUUGUCCAUGGGCACUUCCUACGACGAGACCCAGGCAUCCCCUCGAUCACCCAAACAACCUCGCAAUCCUUCGAGUCCCACUCUCAACACUCCGAAGCCUAUGAUCCCAUACGUAGCGAUGUCGAAUAUGGUCUCAGCGACACAACAAGUGAGGCGUUUCUUAAAAGCAUGAGCUGCGACCCUUUCGUUAAGCCUGUUGGGAACCACACCAUUAAAUUGGAGCAUGACAGCGACAGCGACAUGGACGAUGAAAUUGAGGAUAAUUACGAUCAUUUAGCAUACAUGUCGCAGUCUGCUGGACCCUCCCCAAUGAUGCAACCAUCUCGUUCUCAAUGAGUGAGCACAAACUAAAAAUUUGGGGAUUGAACG